AUGCAUCUGACGGUGCUGCCUAUGCUGGCAGUAAUUUUUCUAGCUGUCAAUAGAGUUAAUUGUUACAAAAUUCUUGUGUUUUCUCCCGCUACCAGUAAAUCCCAUCUUAUCUCUAAUGGGAGACUUGCGGACGAAUUGGCUCGUGCUGGACAUGACGUGGUAUGUUCAAAUAUUGGAAGAAAAACAUUCAGGAACCUUCUUUUCAGACAGUGUUGGAACUCGAUUUCUUGCAAAUUUCGGGAACGACCAAGAGCGUGAAAGUUGCUAAGAAGCGGAUCAUAGGAAAGUUUAAACACGCUGAAAAGUUCAAGGAAGCACUAACCGGUCUUGUUACAAUUAAUGAUUUACUUUAUGUCUUUGUUUGUAGGUUUUUCAAAGAAUGCUAUGGACGAGCCUUCCUUCACUGAAAAUUUGAAGGCACAUUGGGCUUAUCAACAAGCGUACAAUGAUCUGUGUGCAGGUAGCCUUAUUUUUACUUCAACGUAUAUAUUUUUGACUGUCCUUCUGAAAGCAAACUCAUGAGAAACUAGAAAAAGCAGCACAUCUUACACAAAUAUUUUUCAGAAUUUCUGGAAAAAGAUGAUAUUUUUUAUGAACUCAAAAAUGAGCACUUUGAUGGAUUUUUUGCUGAACAAAUUAACACAUGUGGCUUUGGAUAUGCUCAUGCGCUCGGAAUCGAAAGACGUUUCUUAAUUGCAAGGUAUUCUGAUGUAAAAAGAGAAAAGGAGAACAAUUUUCAUUCUGGUUCAGCUGUCCGUUUUCUGGUCCAGUUUAUGAGUUAACGGGUCUUCCAAUGCCUACAUCAAACGUGCCGUUUUCCACUGAUAUGAGCGUCAAUCCCACGUAUUUUGAGAGAGCAAGAAACCUUUUGGUCACAGUUAUCGGUAAUUUGGAAAACAUGAUUCUUUCUAACCAACUCGCUGCUCAUUUUCAUCUGAAGUUUGGGUUAGUUUUAUUUUGAAAAAGAAAUUUGUUCAUACUAACUUUAUACAACCCUUUGCAGAGAGAACUUCCCAACACCCCAGACUAUUGCACGAGACGUCGACGUGAUUUUCAUUGCUACCGACGAAAUCAUUGACAUUUCUUCUACAACCCUUCAGAACAUUGUGCAUGUUGGAGGUAUCGGGGUUGAUGAUGAUGCUACCGAUAUGGAUAAGGUUGGCAAAAGUCAGACAAAGAUACAUUACAGUGGAUUCAGAUUUUCAUGGCUGAAAUGCAAAAAGGGAAAGAAGGCGUCAUUUACUUCUCUUUGGGUACAGUAGCCAACACCUCGACUCUCGACAAACAAGUGAUGCAAUCCGUGUUAAAUAUUGUUCAAAAAUACCCCGACUACCAUUUUCUUAUCAGAGCUGAUGAAUAUGACAAGGUAUUGACAUUUUGUAUACUAUAAGGUCAAAGUUUGCAGAAUACACGGGCAUAUGCGAAACAAGUUGAAAAUGCAUUCGUUUCGGAUUGGCUGCCACAGCCAGCAAUUCUUCGUGAGACUACAUUGAAGGAAAAAAUGUGAUUUAAUAAAAGUUUUCUUCAGAUCAUCCUCGCCUGAAGAUGUUUAUAACACAUUCUGGCUACAACAGCGUAGUCGAGGCUGCCAGAGCAGGUGUUCCGUUGAUAACUAUUCCCUUUAUAUUUGAUCAAAAUUUGUAAGUUUCAAAAAUAUCAAGAACAAGAAACAUUUAAAAACUCGAAUGUUUCUUAGGAAUAGCCGAGCAGUCGAGAGAAAGGGGUGGGGAGUGCGUAGAGACAAACGACAACUCUUGACGGAUCCAUCAGCUAUCGAGGCCGCAAUUGACGAAAUCCUUCACAAGGAAGGGUAGGAUUUGAUCUUAGUCGAACAGUUGUAAUCAUUAUUUAGAUAUACCCAUCAAGCUCAUAGAAUCAGAGACCUUAUCAAGUCCAAACCACUCAGUUCAGCAGCCAAACUUGUGAAAACUACUGAAUGGGUAUGUUUCUGUUUUGGUUUAUGUACUUAUUAAAAACUUUUCAUUUAGUUUUUUUACAUGCGUUCCUUUAAAAGCUAUAAAAAAGGUAUUUGACCAGGCUAUCAAAAAUGGCGGGCUGAACGAGUUGAAAUUCGAAAGUCGAGCGGAGAGUACGAUAACAUACUACAACCUGGACGUUCUGAUCCCCAUUUUCUGGAUUGUUGUGUAUUUUAUGAUUCCGACCAUACUUGGCUGGUACACCUUCAGUUGCUUCGGACACAUCGAAGAGAAGAAAAACAAGAUGAAAAACGAAUAACUUUUUGAAGUGAUUUGUAUUCUCCAUUUCAUCUUUAAUGACAUGUAUGUGUCUGUUUGUCAAGGAAACCUUCGCAACAAACAAAGGUUUUUUAUUUUCACCUUUCCGCUAUCAUUUCAUAAUCAGAAGAUGUACAUGUGACUAUGUAGUAGCUUCGCGAUUUCCGUUGAUUUUCUAUUUUUGUGACUUCCGCUGUUUCUCCGAGCAGGCAAAAUCUUUAUCGUGUUGAAGCAAAUCUGUUUUAUUUGUUUAUUUUUCUGUCAAAACCGCAUUCGCAUACCGAGCAGCUGGCAGUCAUCAAUUCGACAGCACCUGCUAAAGAGUGUUCCACGUUAACGGUUCAGAUUUCGGCGUCAUUCUGAGCAUGUGCCUUCAUCGUCGUUGUCCCACAAAAAAAAUGUUCCAAUUUAGAAGUCAUCAUUUCCAUGACACACUAUGUUCGGACAAAGUUCCCGCUGUCCUGCGUCGGCAAGAAUCACAAUGACAAAUGAUUCUACCAGAUAAAUUGUAGCUAAUGUAACUCGUGAAACCAGUUUAAUUGUGCCAACAAAUGCGCAAGUUGCUGAGCCUAACCCUAUUCGAGUGACAUUUCUACAGGACUUUCGAAGGGACGGAGUGAAAAUGGAUGAGAUUUUUGAGUAUCAUAGCAUUAUGCAACCUUUACUCACAAAGGAACUCCAUUCCCUUAACUUUAUUUCAAACGGUUCUGAAUGUUCUAGCCUGCUCGUUUCGAUGUGGUUUUCAGACCUAAUUUCUUCAACUAUUGACAAGUUUUCUCGAAGAUGAAUGGUAGCUGCUCUCGUGAAUACAUCUAUUUUUGCUUUCAGUGUUCUAUUGAAUUACCCUUUUUUACAUCCCAUUCGAAAGCAUGAUUAGCACUUUCCGAAUCGUACCCUUCCUAUUCUGCCCAUUUGUUUUGCCGCCCCCCUUCUUUUCACAAUUUUACUUUUAAAACAUUUUCUUUUCACAAGAAUAUGAUGUAACAAAUUUGCAUGACCACCACGAAACUGAUAACUAGAAAUUAUGAAUUUGCGGUAGCUUUUUCCGAGUUGUACUUUUUUUAAAUGAGUUUUUUUAAUGUUCAGAAGACUAAAAUUUCAGAUUAGUCAAAUGAAGACAAGUUGGAACUCGAUCACCAGUACAUAUCCUUGGGAAAAAAGUGAUGGAUUCCGAGAACUGUACAAAUGUCUUCUGCUCCAGGCUAGUGACUUCUUGUUUAUCACAUACUCUUUCAGUAGCCGAGUAGAGUUUAAAAACCAAAAUUGAAAUCGAUGAAAACAUGUGUUUUAAUGUCGCCUGGAAAUAAGUCUCAAUGUUUUCGUAUUCCAUAUACAAAAAACGGCCCCCUCCAAUAAAAAUCCUGGAAAUAAAAGAGAAACUUAGUAAACAAGUGGCUGUCAUUUGGCUCGUCGAAUCCCUGAACCAACGACCCUUCUUCACGAUGUGUAACAAUUUGAUCGAAACACAAUGCAAGAGUUUUCUUUUCCGUUUCUUCGAGUGAUGUUCUUCAUCUCGUAAACUUCUCACAAACACACUCGCAAAAUCUUAACUCGGCGGCUGCCGAAGGCCGCUAACCCCGUCCCCUCACUUUUCCGAAUGUGCAGGCUGAUCUGUUGCGAGCAAUAGCAACUGAUCGCUUUUGCCUUUUGGUUCUCGAAUAUUCAAGCUCAAGCAUAAUUUUCGAAUAUUCUCGAGUCAGUAAACAUUGUGAGUAAGAGAGACGACUUGAGUUUUUGCUUACAAAAGUUUUUCAGACUGAAACUAAUAUGAAUGAUGCACUCCGACAGAGUCAUUAUCUAAACAUCAUGUGGCAGCUCUUCGCCAUAAACGAAAACGUACAAACGUAAGUCCGUUUUUUUUUUCGAUAGUGAAUUCGGUGCAAAAUUAUUUUCUCCUAAUAUUCUGGGGUUUUUCUUACCUCAACUAUGGUUUAAUUGUAUAAUCCUUGACUCUCAUCUUAAUCUUUAACUCCCUCAUCAUUGGCUCUGCAUCACAAAACUCUAAUGAUUCGGAAAUGAUUCUGACCUGAAAUAUCCACUCUCAAAGUCGUACCAAAUUUUGCAAAAAUUUUUGACCCAGAGUCUUAUUCAAAUCGUGAACGUUUCCGAAUCAAAACUCUUGUAAAUCACAACUAGGAGGGUAUAUACCAUCCGGAAAAAUGCGUUAACAAUCUUUAAAAUGAGAAUUCAUGAUGACUAAGUCAGAGAUCAAAGGUCUUCUAUCAAUAUGUGUAUCAUUAUAGAAUAGACGACAACAACUGUUGCUCUGUCACUUCGUAUGCAGGAGUUCUCUCUUCCGGAAAACCUGAACAGAAAAACAAAUCGUUAAUCCAGUUUGUGCCGCCCAAGUUAACUCCUGGAGAAAAUGAAACUGUGAAACCGGCUGCAACUGUUCGGUUCCCGAGAAUACCUCAAAAAGAGCGUCGCAAGAAGGAAAAAGAGCUACGUGCCAAAGCUGUCCGGCAAAACGCUUCUGCUCGCAAUGAAAGCGCGAGAACACCUGGACAAAAACCAGAACGGUCACACUACUAUACGAUUCAUUUGGUUGGACUUGAUGAGAAAUGCGAGAGUCAUCCAGUUGUUGGAAUGGACGUCUCGACAGUGCCUGUAGACCCGCAUUUUUAUGCAACAGGCAAAAAAAGGUACAACAGACGUGGCAAGAAACAUUUCAAAGCAGCGGAAGUGGUGCAGAUUCAGGCGACCGAAAAAAAGUGAGUAGAAUAGAGAGGCAUUAGGGGUUUAUGAAACUUUUGGGCAGUCACGAAACUGUAAAAUGCCAAAUUUCUUCUUUAGGAACAAACCGGUCAUGGAUGCGGAUGGAUUCAUAGAAGUGAGCAACAAGCACAAGGCGUGGAAUCACACUCGAAAGUUAACUGAACAGGAAAUAGUUCAAGCAGUCCGUUUGCAACAAAAUAGAAAAGUUUCUCAAGUUAAUGAGAUCAGCAAACUUACGGAAAGUCCUCCUCUUCCUAUUGAAGAAUUGCUUACCUCUGUUGAAACCUCUGAAGAUGCUAACAGUUUUGAGGACAGCUUUGAGCAGGCUGCAGAAAUCGCCGAAGAUGUGAGCAACAUUUUGAUCUCGGAGAGCGAUUUGACCUCGGAGAGCCUUGAGCUGACUCCAGAACUCGCCGAGGAUGUGAACAACAAAAACAGAAAGUGUGAGAAGAAGAACGAUUCAGGUAAUUAUAAAUUAGCAUCUAACACAUUGAGCACGAAAUAUAUUUUUCAGAAAACAGUUCGUCAAAUGUGAAAAAAUCUGUUCAGACAUGCUCACUUGACUGCCCUAUUCAGGUACUUCUGUUUUUACGAACAAUACUUUGAGCUGAAUUUUCAGAGCAUGAAUACGUGUGCAAAAGACACCGAGAAAGAAUACAUUUCGCACAAUGUUGAAUGUGUUCCGUUUGAGUUCAACACUCUCAAGUUGAACUUCUCCAUCGAAUAUCGAUUAUUGAUGAAACAUCCAGUACUGGAAACUGUUUUUUUCAUAGUUUUCAUAAAGAUCUUAUUGGUUAUUUUGCUUUUUUUUUAAGUACAGCAUUUUCCGAAUUAAUUUUUAAUUUCUGCUUAGGUCUGUUUGAGUGUUGUUGCUUUUUAUCCGUUACGUUUUUGAUUUUUUUGUACUUUUCUUAUCGCUAAGUAGACUUUGAAACGAAUAAAUAAAUAUAUAUUAAAAAGAGCACGUGAAAAACCUGAUUAAUUUUGAGGUGACCGUAUUCUCUUAUUUAUAGCUACACUCGCCUUUUGAAAAAACGCGGUACAGGUCCGAUUGCCGCGCAAAAUAGAUACUUUUAAAGCAGUCUAUCUAAAAAUAGUGACGAUUCUUCCGUCUUUAUCAUUUACCGUGACAUUGCACGAUUUAUUCAGUGAAUCAUAUGCUCUCUUUCACAACAAGGUUGGACAUGCUCGGCAUACACACCUCAAAGAGACAACAAAUCAUUAUUCAUCUCAACGAACGGAUACUCUUCAACAAACAAUCUCGGGAGGAACCUGAGAGAGAAUAGCGCAUGUUUAUCCUGAAACUGGUGUCUUUUAACUUUUCGUUUAAAUAAAAUCGGGCUUUGGGUUGUAGUUAGUGGCCGUGUCAAGAGAACAUCACAGAUAAGAUUAUGCACCCGUUGGUUAGCUCAAUACAGUUUCCAAUAUGCACGGUACGAUAAGAUAUCAAAGGGUGUGUGCCUUAUUACGCAACAUUCAUAACAUGUCCUCUUUGUGAGACUUAGCGUAAAAGUUUCCACUUUCUGUUUUUCAACGGACAUACUUAAUCUAUAUUCUUAAGUUCAGACAUUCUUCACAUCCCCCAAAUUUUUCCAUGUUUAUUGUUCAAAUCUACUCUAUAGAAAUGACGUUUUCUUUUACAUUUAUUCGUCUUUAAAUUUCUGAGAAUACCCUUCUAUUUUCUACAGGUUGAAAGCAAUGACGUCUUUACUUCAAAAAAUUCUGAUAAGUUUUGCUUUUGUAUACAAAUGAAAAAUCCUUCGAGUGUUCGAAAAUAAGAAAAAUGAAGCAAAAACACAUCCAUGGCUACCAAACAUUUAUAGUAUAUAUGAACAGAGAGGAAAAUUUAGUCUCUAAAUUUGGUUUCAAAAGUUAUUUUUCCUCCUUCAGAUUCAAAGAAUUUUUCAACAUGUUAGCAUAUUUCUAAAGACGUUUUAUAUUUUUCUCAGGUGUUCUUUGUGAAAAAUUUGAAAGAAUGUCGUUCACAUUCAAAAUGACAUUUCUUAAGGAUAAUUUUCCAGUAAAUGAGUUCAAUGGCUACCAUUCAUAGACAUUCCCAGAAACCUAAUGCAAUUUGUCACCAUCAGAAAAGAUGCGGUAACGAUCAUCAUUUCCAUCUACCUGGAGUCCUUACUUGAACUCCGCCCAUUUUAUUUGUCAAGUUCUUUUAUGUCCAUUAUGUCUUUUUGAGUGUCUUCCUUCUUUUUCCGUUUCUUGAAACAGCAUUCAAACUGGAGUGCUGCUCUGCUACCUGGAAAAAGGUUUUGGGUUCUGAAGAACUUCUCGGAAAGAUUAGGAAUUUUCAUUCCAAAACAGUUAUUAAAGCAGAAAUUUUCAGUUCUCAGCACUUUGGGAAGUCAAGUUCAUAACCAUAUACAUUGACAAGCUUCUAAUUUGUUGAAACACGUUAGGAACACUCCCUGGCAAUCUGAUACCGUUCCCGCUGUUUACGUUCAACGCUAAGUGUUCCAAACCGUAACACCUAUCUCUCAUAAAUUGACGGCGUCUGGAUCUCGACCGCGAUUUGCGUUUAGUUUCGGUUCGCAGAUCCUUAUCAACAGAUUGUACACACACAAUCACUUGUUGUAACUCAUUGUGUGGAGAAGAAGACGGAAGGAAGAAGAGAUGGGGCCUCCUUCUCCUCAUAGUUAUCAUUUACACGCCUACUUUUGCCCUCCCUCUUCCUCCUCCUCCAUAUUCCGAUUCGUCCAUUCUCGACAAUCGGUUGCGCCCCCCCCCCCUUUUUCGCUUCCCCCUCUUCGUUUCUCUCAUCGUUUUCGCCCUCCGAUUCCCAAACAGUCCGCCAUCAAUUACACCCACUUCUUUUCCAGACACGGAUGGAGUCUUCAACGUCUCUCAUGGAGUUCUUCAGACAGCAGAUCGUAGAGCCCAUCACCAAGACUCUAGGGGAAAAGAACGCCGAGCCUGCGGAUGAAGUGUGCAAGGCUUUGCAGAUAAAAAUUGAAACUUUCAAAGAGAGUUUACUAGAGGAAAUCAACAGGUAUUCCAUAUCAAUAUCUUGACCCACAAAACACACUUCAGAGCAUAUGCGAAAACUACGGAGCAAGAGCAGGAGAUGAAGAAUGAGGUCGCUGAAACAGUGCACCAUUUAAUUGAGCGAAUUGUAGAAAGAGAGAUGAUUCACACACAGGUAAGAAUUAUGAAAAUGUGGUUGCGCUACUAAUUAUAGUAAAUUGACAAUUCUAAAAUGUGACAGGACGCAUUUCAGGACGCACACUCUUCUUCAGUCGAGUUGUCAGAUGCCUCUGUCCAAAAUCAAAACUUUCUGAUUGACAUGUCCGUCGCAGAAUUGGUUCCUCCGGAGUCUCCGCGGAGAGGUGUUGUCUUUUCGGAUGACGAAGAUCUUUUCAAAAUUAGCCCUCCCAUAUCCCUCGACACUCUAAUCAAGACCGAAAAGUUAUUCUCGAUGACUUCUUCACCAACUUCUCCAGAAAGUGAUAAGGUUGGUUCCUUUUGUGAACGCGUGAGAGUAAGCAGAAACUUGUCAUACAUAGAUGCGAAGUAGAGUAUCAGAUUCAGAUUCCCACACAACUUUCGCUCCAUCUUUCUAUUUUUCCUUUUUUCAGAACGCGUUGUGAUUUUCCUUUUCCAUUUAUUCUCUUUCACUUUCAAAGCAAACACAUCAUUCAUGAUGCGAAUAUUUGUUGGGUUUCAAACAUUUUCCUUUUUCCAGAUGCCAUCUCGCAAGAGAGCCAAGAGAAGCCUUGAGGACACCGUUCAAAUGUUGUCAGAUGACAUGAAGAAGGUGUCAAAAGAAGAAGAUUCGGUUUCUCCCCCACCUUCCCAAACUGCUGCUGCAGUUCUUCCUUCUCCUCAAAAUCUUCCGUUCGUUCUUCCGCAAGUGCCGGUGCCCUUUCCCAACACGAUGAUGCAACGCUGGCUAGGAUCGCCCUUUGCUAAUCCGGUUUACCUCAACGCGAUGAAUAUGUUUCAUCCACCAAAAACUUCGGAAGAACAAUUGGCUGCUUUGAUGAAAAUGUGAGUUAAGCAUAUAAAGGGAAGGGACAUAUAACUGUAUCAGUAGGCGCCUCUCGGUGACUCAUUUUACCCAUUGUUCACAAUCACUUCCACCCGGGGAAGGAACAAUUGUCCUAUCGCUAUCACCACCCAAUUGUUUUCUAUUUUCUAUUUCCCUUUUUCUUUUACCCAAUUCAAUUGGUACGGUGCAGUGUGAAGCAAACGGGGAACAAAGUAAGGGAACUACAGUAACCUGACAGAGUAUUCAUCAAGCCGCAAAAAGAACGACAAUUUUUGAUAGUAGUAACUUGCCCCGGGACCGCAUUUUUGUCGUCAAGAGACACAGUAACUGACGUAGAUCAUCUUAAAGAGUAAACAAAUGUAGGUGAUAAUAAAUCAACUGGUAACUGGUCUUACCAGUGAUCAGAUGGCAACACACACUUCGUUUGUGGCAAUUUAGUUCGUUUUGAGUGAGGUGGUUUCCCCUCCCCAUACUCAAGAUGUUAUCUUGACAAAUAGCCUGCCCUAUCUGAUCAAAAGAAAGAAGUGAGAGGUGAUGAACUGCGUGUGAGGUAAACUUGGUCAGGGAAAAUGUUCGGAUUUUUGGCAAUCAAUUAAGUGUCACGUCUCAAUCAAAAUGUCACCAAUCUCGCAUCACGUAAAAUUUGUAGUUAAGGUUAUAUAUUCAUCCAAAAAACGACGGAUAUGGCGUAAGACCUUGAGUGAAAAAGAGAAGAAGAUUUCCACAUUUUACAACCCAUGCGAUGAAAGGGGAUCGGAAACCCUUCGCUUUCUCAAAUCACAUAAAUAUCUCAACUUGUUUUAACACUAAUUCAAUGUGAAAACUUUAGGCUGUCGGUGCCUUUACCUCUUUUUAAGAUUGCAAUCAUCGAUAUGCUCUUCCAAGAACAAACCCGUAAAAUUAUAUCCCCAUCCAAGGUUUUAUUUAGAAUUAAAUUAGUCAGGAAGCAAAGGGAGGGUUUAUUUAUUGAUGUUGCGGGAGAGAAUGAGGGCGCUGGCGGUUACUGUAGUGAAUGGACACAACAAUUUGCCGCGAGAUGAUAACAGAGGCAGCAAACGGAGGUAAUUCGUCAAGAUUGAUUACCGUUUGCAAUGGGUGAGAGGGCGAAUAUGAGAGAGAAGUGGAAAUUGCAGAUCGGAAAUGGAACAAUGGUCACGGGGAAGGGACAAUAUUUCUAUUAUGAAGUACGCAGAUUUAAUGAUUAGUGAUUCAAGCAAGAAUAGCGCUAAUCUUGGUGAAGAGUUGAAAAAAACAACUUGUUUAACUAGUAAUAUGUGCAGCACAAUUAUCAUGUUAUCAUGCUCAUAUAAAAUAGUUCAUAUUUUUAGAAGCCUGCAGGCAGCCAAUUUCAUAAAGCAUGUCGGACCACAACAAAUGCAAGUUCCAUCCCAACCCGAAUCCAACGCUGAUGACAUCAAAAUUGACGUGGAAAGCGACGACGGAGAGGUAGAAGUGUCCCCUUCACCUUCCACUGGAGAUAUCACGGAAAAUGAAUCAUCUUCUUCAUCCAGCGGUGUUCCACUCACAUCACCAGCAAGUGAGGGUGAUUCUGGUAGGGAGUAUCUCCUUAUCGCACCUGUUAACUUUAAAUAUUUAAGGAGCCGAAAAACCGUUCAUUUGUAUGCACAACAACUGUGGGAAGCGCUUCGCCAACAAGUUCCUGCUCAAGAAGCACAUGUUCAUUCACACCGGCCUCCGUCCACACACUUGCCCGCACUGCCAUAAAAAGUGA